GUCAAAUUUAUUGCCCGUGAGAUCUUUGAUUAUUUGCUCUUGGAAGACUCGAAUUCAGAUGCAGGUGCAUUUUGAUUUCUAAUUAAUUUUCAUAAACCUAAUUCAUGAUCACCGACCUCAAAAACCUAAAUUUAUCGAUGCUCAGAGAAAAGGUUGAUUUUUGAUGUAAUGAAGGAUUCCUCGGAGGUAUUAUAGAAUGAUGGAUCAGAAGAUGGAGAAAUGCUCGUCUGAAGAUGAUGAUCCUGAGAAACGGCAGGAUAAACAAGAGGAUGUUACUGCAGAUCCUGAAUUCGUAGGUUGCAUGCUUCAGCCUUGUUCCGCGGACUCCGAUCCUAACUACGUCGGGAUCCGCCGCCUUCUACUAUUUCGCAAGGUUCAAUCCGGUCUUCUUCACCGGAAGGAUUGGAGAUGCAAUGGUAAAGGCUAUGUGGCUUAUCGCAAUUUCAUUAACAGGCGGGGUAGUCAAAUGAAUUUGCGAGUAUUGAGCUACACGAGUAGUCCUGGAACCAGUGGGCAAUGGGCACCAUCUCCAGGUCCAGCCUCCCUUACGCUUGAGGUGGAUAGCUGGAGUGCUGGCAGGGAUACACAUGAGAGCCAGACACUGAGUCACACCAACAGUCUUGGGUCAAAUUUAAGUGAAACUGAUCAUCCACGUCGAAAAGCUGAACCAGCAUAUUCAUUUGUGGGAAUGCAUUGCAUAUUUGAUCAAUGCAAAGCCAUGGUUACUGUUAUAAAGUUUGGGCAUAUGAGCUCUGAUAUACUUGCCUACGGAGCAAAUGAUGGAACAUUGACAGUGUGCACCGUUUCUGAGCCACCUUCAAUUAUAGAACAGUUGAGUGGUCACUCAAAAGAUGUCACAGAUUUCGACUUCACAAUGAACAAUCAAUACAUUGCAUCAUCCUCUUUGGAUAAGACUGUGAGGGUAUGGGAUAUACCAAGGGGUCUUUGCAUUCGAGUAAUAUAUGGAGUUGCCCCGCAGCUAUGUAUACGAUUUCACCCUGUGAAUAAUAACUUCCUUUCAGUCGGCAAUGCAAACAGAGAAAUUUCGGUAUUCAAUUUUAGUACAGGAAGAUUAAUAGAUAAAACAGUCGUCGACAGCAAGGUUACUGCCAUGGAUUAUGAUAAUACUGGUCGGUUUAUUUUUUGUGGGGAUGCGCAGGGGUGGAUAUAUACAAUUACUGUGAAUUCCCAUCAAGGUACCUUGUCUCGGUCCCAUCGUGCUAGAAAUAGCAGCAAGCAUAAAUCCGAAGUCACAACUAUCCAGUAUAGAACAUUUUCUCUGCUGACACGAGGUCCUGUAUUGCUCUCUUUUUCUCGGGAUGGAAGUUUGUCUUUCUUCAGUGUUUCUUUGGAGUUACAAGGUUAUUUGACAUUACGUUGCUCACUCAAAUUGGCUCCACGACUUCAUAGCAUCCGUGCUUCUUUUUGCCCAUUGCUUUCCCUCGAGAAAGGAGAAUUUAUAGUUGCUGGGAGUGAGGAUGCAUCUGUCUACUUCUAUGACUUAACUCGACCAAAGCAUACAUGCGUUAACAAGUUACAGGGACAUGGAUGCCCAGUGAUUGGUGUUGCCUGGAAUCAUGGUGAGAAUUUGUUGGCCUCCUCAGAUUACAGCGGUACCGUCAUUGUGUGGAAGAGAGCAAAGACGAAUGAAAAAAGUAGAAAUUUCUGAGUGAAGUUUCAAAAAAACACACCAAAGGGAUUUGGAAGGUCCUCAUGCUUUCUCCAUUACUCCAAAGUUUUGGUAUCUGAUAUCUCAUACAAAUUUGUUGCUGAUAGAUAGUUUACAUUACACAUAUUAAGAACGUAUACAUACACCUAUCCUUUCAAAUUAUAUAUACAAAAAGACAUACUAAAAGGCUCUUUUGCUAGUUCAACACGUCUUUCUUUGCCAGAUUGAUCUAAACUUGAUCAAGUUUGUAAACCUUGUAGAUUGUUGUGCGAAAGAAAUUUGGUAUUGAUGUAUUUGUUUUUAUGUUU